AUGUAUUGGGUUCGCCCCUUGCUUGCUCUGGUGGUGUCAUUCUUGUACGUGGCUAGUAUAUAUUGCUAUCAACCGAAUACUUUAAAGGGCAGACAUAGAGAUGAAAACGUAGUGAUUAAGCAUAGAUUAAAAAGAGUUUCAAUAGCAUGUUUUGUAGCAACGGUCUUGGUUCUGGUUGUGCUAGUACAUCUAGGUACAUAUUCGGGAUAUGCAGCCGUAUUUCGGGCUCUUCAAUUAAAAUAUAACGGCCAGGCAUUAGCUAAUUGCAUCUUGUCGAUGAGUGUGCUCUACUGCGGUCCCCUCAUAAAUCAAGUUAAACAAGCGACAUUAGCAGAUAAUUUGAGAGAUUGCUUGUGCUUGCAAGGUUUCAGGGACUAUAUCUUUGCACCACUUACGGAGGAAUAUAUAUACAGAGCAUUGGUCUUGACAAUUCUUGAGCCACAAGGUGAUCACAAAUUUUUGAUCAUCUUUACGCCUUUAUUAUUUGGAAUUGCUCACCUACAUCAUGGCUAUGAGCUAUACCAUGUCCAAAAAAGAGGAAUGUUUGAAACUUUCGUUAUAAUUACAGUCCAGUUCAUUUAUACAACUCUCUUUGGCAUAUUGGAAAAUUAUGUGUUCUUCAAGUAUUCCAAUCUAAUUACGUGCGUAAUGGUUCACAGCCUCUGCAAUUUCAUGGGUUUCCCUGACUUCAAUGUCGAAGGCUCGACGCCAUAUAAACUUGUCUAUUAUUCCCUAAUGAUUAUAGGCGCUUACCUGUUCUUCAAGCUUCUCUAA